AUGGAUAGCUUGCGCGCUGGCUUCUUUGGCUUCUUUGGCUCGACUGAGUGCAGCAGCAGUUGUGGCGAGGCGCGUCCAGCAAAUCACGGUGCCGGCUUCACGCCUGGCCCGUGCGCGGGCCGUAGCUCUCACCACCGCCAGACCCUCAGGCAGCAUCUGGACGCCGGCGCACUCGGUCGCUCAGUCGCUGCCCCUCGUCGUUGUGUUGCUGCUGUUCCUGUUGUUGUUGUCGCCGCUGCCCACGCUGCCCUCGCAAUCUCCCGCGCCGUGGUUGCAUCCCAUCUUUGCUGCGACGGCCAAGCGCAUCCGCCCUCGUCGAAGCGCCCUCGUCGACGCAAGCGCAGGCGCCGCGUUUCUGACCUCCAGACUCCAUCGUUCACCCCCCGUUCGUCCCAACGGCUCCGCGAUUCGUAUCCCGUAUUCGACCUGUCGCCUUGGUCCUGGGACCCACCCGCGCAACUUGCAUCGACACCGACAAAGGAGCCCAAGGAGCCCACCACGUCUGGCAGCUGGCUCCCCCAGGCAUGUCGUGAUGUGACGGACCUUGGCCUCUGA